GUGUAAGACACUAGCAAGCCAAAAAGUGCCUGAUGUGCGGUGCACACGACAACUACCGCGCCGACUUCAGUGCCACAUCCGGUCAUACUCUCUGCCAACCGAUCGCUCGCAACAAUAACCGAUGGGCAAGAAGAGCCGGCGACAAAAACAGCAAGAACCAAAAGAAUUGGGGGAGCGCUGGGACGCGAUGGCGUUUUUGAUAUACGAAGACGGAACGCCAAUUAGCGAUGAUGACUUUAAACAGUUGAGGGAAGCGAAACGCCAAGCGAUGGUUGUGGUGGACACGAGGUGUCGGUACCCGAUCGGCAAAGAUAAUAUUACUCACGACUGGCUGGAUGAAUAUCAAUGGGCGGUCGCGUUCCCUCGCAUCCAAACCAAGGGUUUGGACAGUGCGAUAAGGGCCUUGAAACGCUGGCCACGCUUGCAGCCGUAUUGGCCGCGCCUCCGGCGCCGCGUCUGCGACCACUGCCACGCGCAGGUCGCCUUGUCUGAGCCGCGGUAUCUGGUCUGUGGCGGGUGCGGUGUGGCGCGCUACUGUUGUGAGGCGUGCCAGCGCGCUGAUUGGGAGUGGCACCAGAUGUACUGCCCGGACAUGGCCCGGCGGCGAAGAAUUUAUGAGGCGACAAAAUGGGAGCGGGGGUUGUAAGAAUUCUGGAUAGGA